CGAACCGUUCCGGAAGUGCAUCUAAACGGUGCUGGUGUUUUUAUUAACGUGGUCUGAUUGUGCCAUGUGGAUUUAUGAAAUCAUUGUGUCUGAAAAAAAAAAGACAUUGCAAUUUCUCCAAAUAUUUAUUUUUUAGCUUCUGGUCGUUUAUAUCAGCUGUAUUACUCCACAACUAGCUAUUUAUCGAGCAGUGUCGCUAACUAGCCUAGCCUAGCAUUGGGUAGAGUUGGGAGAAGUGUUUUCAAGUGUUAGUUAAAUAAGUUCAGUAAGUGGGCAGGGGGGAAAUAAUAAUUUACAAAAAUGCAGGAAAUAAUUGCCAGCGUUGAUCACCUAAAGUUUGAUCUGGAGAUUGCUGUGGAGCAGCAGUUAGGGGCUCAACCGCUGCCGUUUCCAGGAAUGGACAAAUCAGGUGCAGCCGUGUGUGAGUUUUUCAUGAAAUCUGCUUGUCUAAAAGGUGGAAUGUGUCCUUUUCGGCACAUUAGUGGAGAAAAGACGGUGGUGUGUAAACACUGGCUUCGCGGCUUAUGCAAGAAAGGAGAUCAGUGCGAAUUUCUGCACGAGUACGACAUGACGAAGAUGCCAGAAUGCUAUUUCUACUCCAAAUUUGGGGAAUGCAGUAAUAAAGAAUGUCCUUUCUUGCACAUUGACCCGGAAUCAAAGAUUAAAGACUGUCCGUGGUAUGACCGAGGGUUUUGCAAGCAUGGCCCGGAUUGCCGACACAGACACACGAGGAGGGUCAUCUGUGUUAAUUAUCUAGUCGGCUUCUGUCCUGAGGGCAAGUCAUGCAAGUUUAUGCACCCACGCUUUGAGCUGCCUAUGGGGACAAAUGAACAGCCACCUCUGCCUCAACAAGCCCAGACCCAGCAAAAGCAAAGCAUACAGAACUUAAACAGAUCAUCGUUGUCACUGAUCCAGUUAACCAACAACAACUCCAUUGCCAAUAACAACCAUCAAAAACCUGCACACAUUCUCGGAGCGUCACAGCCUCAGAACAACACGGGUGGCCCCCGAGGCCCUCGUCCACUGGACCAGGUCACAUGUUACAAGUGUGGAGAAAAGGGACAUUAUGCAAACAAAUGCACAAAAGGACACCUGGCUUUCCUAAGUGGACAGUAAUGUUCUUCUGCACCGUGUACGUGCGAAUAGACUGCUGGGAUUUCAUCUCGUAAAACGAACACGGAUUGCUCCGUUAGCUUUCCAGUGGUCACGGUAGUGGACAUUCUUUGCCAAGUUCAUGUGCUGGAUGUUGGCCAAAUUGGGUUCUCUGACCCUAUCUUUUCGGUAGGCAGAACAAAGGUAAUAAAUCCAGCCAGCCUAUUUGAUUUGAAUAGUAAAGCAGUAUAUUAUUUUUUUAAGCUCAAGUCUAUACUGGUGAAAUCUAAGGGGAAAUAAAAUAUUCUGACUGAUAACAGAAGAGAUAAAAAUCCUGGGGAUGAAUGUGGUACUGUUUAUAUUCACUGUUACACAGUGCUCAUUAAUAUCUACAGUACGGUCAAAUCAGACUUCAGGAGUCGAACCAUAAAACAAAUACUUGGAUUUUGAUUGGAUAAUUUUGCUGUAAAGCAGCACUGGCUUUUUAUGAACCUUUGAAAUUAGUUGACUUUCAGGUGUAGAUGUAGGUUUGAGUGAAGUGUGAUUUGUUCACGGCGUGUUUUAUAGUCAUUGAAUUUCUUCCAUGAAAGGUGUACAAGUUUGUUCAUUUGUAAAAUUAGAGAUUAGUACUGUUCUAAACCAAACCUCACAGUGAAAUGUUUUUUUUUCCCUUCUUUGGUAAUGUAAAACAGCUGAUUUUGUCAGCAGACAUUGUGUUUUCAGACUGUGAAACAUUUAACACUUUAAAAAUAAAACCUACACAAAAAUCA